CAUGCGUCGUCCGUCUGGGCCAUUAUUUUGUCCUGCUCAAGCUUCAAAUGAACAACGGCCACAGCGCUUCCCUCGAAAUGAAUUAAAUACUAAUUCGCAGAAGGAGCGUUCUUCUUCUUCUCGUCCGGCGCCGCAGACGUACAUGGAGCCUCUCGGCCAGUAGCGCGUUGUGUCGCCGGGCUGCUCGGUCCUCCGUUGGACUUGAGGCCGAAAACAGUGCGCGGAGUGACAGCCCCGUUAAGACCAGCAGCUCGGGUGUUCAUCCGCCUGACUAGCCGCCUAGCUAGCUCCGUGGACGGCGGAGGAGAGGAGGCGCAGCCCGAACGCACCACUCGCUAUCUUGGGGGGAAGGAGAGCGCUGUGGCCGUCCCUGUCCGGUCCAACCCGCCGAGGGCAUGGCACACCUUCGAGACAUGCACAACCAGAACACCCGGUUGGACCCAGAGGAGUACUUCACCAAGCAGGAGCGGAUUGGGAAGGGUUCCUUCGGAGAGGUCUACAAAGGCAUCAACAACCGCACAAAGGAAGUUGUGGCAAUUAAAAUCAUUGACCUGGAGGAGGCAGAGGACGAGAUUGAGGACAUCCAGCAGGAGAUCACAGUGCUGAGCCAGUGUGACAGUCCUUUUGUUACAAAGUAUUAUGGCUCAUACCUGAAGGGGACCAAGUUGUGGAUUAUCAUGGAGUAUUUAGGUGGAGGAUCUGCUCUGGAUCUGCUUCGUCCAGGGCCUCUUGAAGAGACUUACAUUGCUACUGUACUGAGAGAAAUACUAAAGGGGUUGGAGUACCUGCACUCGGAGAGGAAGAUUCACAGAGAUAUCAAAGCUGCCAACGUGCUCUUGUCGGAGCAGGGCGACGUGAAGCUGGCAGAUUUCGGGGUGGCGGGACAGCUGACCGACACCCAGAUUAAAAGGAACACAUUCGUCGGCACACCUUUCUGGAUGGCACCAGAGGUUAUCAAGCAGUCGGCUUACGACUUCAAGGCUGAUAUCUGGUCCUUGGGCAUCACUGCCAUUGAGUUGGCUAAGGGGGAACCUCCCAACUCCGAUCUACACCCCAUGAGGGUCCUUUUCCUCAUCCCCAAAAACACUCCCCCCACCCUGGAGGGGCCUUACAGCAAACCUUUCAAAGAGUUUGUGGAGGCUUGUCUAAAUAAAGACCCUCGUUUUAGGCCAACCGCCAAAGAGCUUCUGAAGCACAAGUUCAUCACUCGUUAUACAAAGAAGACGGCCUAUCUGACGGAGCUGAUUGACCGCUACCGACGCUGGAAGUCAGAGGGACACGGGGAGGAAUCCAGCUCCGAUGACUCGGAUAUGGAUGCUGAUGGUGAUGUGGAUACAUGUCCGAUGUGGACCUUCCCCACGGUCAAACCUAAUUCUAUGAACAAGUUACAGAAGGGCUACACACACACAGAUUUAGAGUCGGGAGAUUCGAUGAAACGACAACCCAAGUCACAAUGCUUGUCUGCUUUGGUAACACCGAUUUUCAGAGAGCUGAAGGAGAAGCGGCGGGCAAGUGGCGGCGGAGUAGGAGCCAUUGAGGAGCUGGAGAAUGCGUUCAACCUCGCCGAGGAGUCCUGUCCAGGCAUCUCCGACCGUCUCGUCACACACAUGAUGGAGAGAGUGUGCAGGUUUUCGUUAAAUGGUAACACCACCCCGUCUUCGCGGUGAAACCCCAGCUGGAUGUAACUUGACCCUGCCUCCCUUUUCUGUCUGUUCCCAGACCCACCCAACCUCUCAGAUAAGGACCACAGAAGAAGCCCCCCUCCACACACACACACACACACACACACACACACACACACACACACACCUCCUCUCUACCUUUGCACCCUUCCUAGUCCUGUCCCUGAAGAGAUCUUUUAAUUAGUUAUAGUUAAAUAUUUUUACAGUUUUUUCUUUAAGAGCGGAGAGUAUUUAAGACAAAAAAAGCCAUGACAUUUAGAGCGUUGUGUAUACCUGUUAGAUUGAGAAGAAAAAAAACUAUAAUAAAGUCUAUGGAAAAUGUC